GAGCCGCUGCUCAUUUCACCACCCCCGUCCCCACACACGCCAGCCUGCCGGUGCCUUUGAUCGCCCACCGUCCUUUGUUGCUGCCCCAAGUGCCGCCUUUCGACAUACGCUCGCGGUGCAGUGCGCGCAGACAGUGAACGUCUAACGUCUAUCGCCGUUGUGCUCUCCAUACUACCUGCCCACCAUGAAGGUCAUAAAAGCCCUCUACGACUACAAGGCCACCGACCCGAACCAGCUCAGCUUCUCCCAGGGCGACUUCCUGCACGUCGUCAACCGCGAGAACGACGCCGACUGGUUUGAAGCCUGCAAUCCACUGCACGGCUCCCGCGGACUUGUCCCCGUCUCGUACUUCGAGGGCGUAGGGAAGACAGUGCGCGACAGUGCCGGCUUUCCACCUCGCCAGUCCGCGCAAACUCAACCACACGACUCUGGCUACCAGGAGCCCCUGCGAGGGAUUGGCAGCCCCAACCCACCGAACACCGCAGGCAUGAUGCAGAACAUGAUGAGCCAGCAGAUGCGCAUGUCGCAGUCAGGGAAGACAGGGGCUAUGGUCUACGGCAUUGUGAUGUACGACUUCAAGGCGGAGAGGCCUGACGAGCUGGACGCAAAGGAGGGCGAGGCUAUCAUCGUCAUAGCACAGUCGAACCCGGAGUGGUUCGUCGCGAAGCCCAUCACACGACUAGGAGGACCAGGCCUGAUCCCCGUAUCUUUCAUCGAGAUCCGCGAUAUGACGACAGGGCAAGCAGUACCGGACGCCCAGCAUGCAGUGGCAGCAGCAGGCGUUCCCAAGGUUGAGGAAUGGAAGAAGAUGGCGGCAGACUACAAGAACGGCAGCAUACCGCUCGGCAAGCUGCAGGACAACACGCAGCAGUCAUUGCAGGCUGGUAUGGAGCGCAUGAGUCUUGGUGGAAGAAGCCAGAUACAAGGCAGAAAUGGCUCAGUAUCUUACUCACGCUCCGGAUCCGUUGCCAUGCAAGGAGGCCAAGAUCGCUCUGAACAGCUGUUUGCACCUACCAAGGCCUGUGUACCACGAUACUGCUUCGCCGACGACAUCUUUUGGUUCAUCAUCGAAUGCCAAAUGGAAGAUGGUAGACAUUGGGAACUACAGCGCUUGUACCAGGACUUCUACGACUUGCAGAUUCAGCUUAUUGCUACAUACCCAGUGGAAGCUGGCACUAGUGGUCAAGGAGAGCGUACAUUACCGUUCAUGCCCGGGCCUGUCACCUACGUCACCGAUAACAUCUCGAACGGCCGCCGCGCGAACCUUGACGAGUACAUCAAGAACCUGCUCAAGUUGGGCCCGCACAUUACACAUGGCCAGCUUGUAAAGGGGUUCUUUGCACCAAGACAGGGCGAUUACGAAAUUGAUCCCGAUAUCCAGGCUCAGGACGAUUACAGGUUGUCACAGCAAUCUGGACAAUCUUCGAACCAUUCACAUGGAGGGUCCACAAGCAGACAGUCGUCUGCUGAUCAACUCCAGGCCACCACACCAGUCACUCCUUACUCGACAGGGUCGUACGGCGCUCACCAGCGCGGCCAGUCAUCAGCCUCGCAAGUAUACUCGUCCUCACUCAACCCUCCACCAAUGAACCACCAGCACUCCUCCGCUUCGACCGCAACGAACACUGGCACAUCAUCGGCACUUAAGAUCAAGGUCUGGUUUGAGGAGGACAACUGCGUUGUCAUUCGGAUGCCAACAUCCCUUCGCUUCCCCGACCUCUACAACAAGCUGAGGGAGAGAAGACGACUAGAGAGGCCUGACGAGCGGGACGAGGACUUGAUUGUCGAAUACAGAGACGAGAUGGAGGGAACAUUCUUCCCUAUUGAGAACGAUGAGGACCUGCAAAUUGCGGUCGAGAGGAAUCCAAAGUUGACCCUGAGCGUCACAACGGCGAGGUGAUAGCUAUGAGAUCUUUGGAGGGGACGACUUCUUUCGCUUCUUUUGGGUGCCGCUACUUCGGUGGUACCUUUUACUUCUUUACAGGCUUCACGAUCGAUACCUCUCUGCUUUGGGCGUUGCUUGCACAUCACGGAAAGGCGUUCAGCGGAGUACUUAGGCGUUGCGGCUGCAUGAUUCCCAUUUGUCGGUUUCGGGUAUUCUGACUAUUGAUAUCUGGAUUGUU